AUGAGCUUCGCCCACUCACAAAUUAAGCUGCACAAUGGAAUAUUAAAGAAAAGCUCUCAAAAAAAAUUUUUUUUUUGUGGCAACUUUUUCAAAAGAGGGAAACAUGACUGCGCGAUAACUUAUGGGCAUAAUCGCAUAUGCGAGAAAGAAGCUAAGGGGGUAAGUGGUGGUACCAGGGGGGCGUAUUUUGUUCAUGUUCGAAAUUUUAUUCACCUAUCGAGCAUCGUCGCUAGCUGUGAUGGAGCCAAUCCAAAGGGAUACAGCCAAUGGGAUAGGGAAGACAAAUCGGUCGCGUCCGCCCCGCGGGACAAGGAAAAAACAGGUGGCAGUGAACAUACGGGGGAAGAAAACCUCGAAUGGGUCAAAAGUGACAAAAAUGAAGAAACACUGGGGGAUUCCCCCCCAGGGGAAGUUACAAAGGAUGAAAUCAUCCCGUACACCCAUUUCAUCAUCGAAAAAUGCAAAGCUAAAAUGCAGCAAGAUGUAGACAACUACGAAUCUUCCUGGUAUGUCGAACUCGUUUACGAAUUACUAAAUUGCACAAAAAUUAUGUUCGAUUGUUCUUGGAUGACUUCGAUCGUAGCAACGACGUCAUUCAUGAGGAUGAUUAUUUUACCCUUAACCGUAUCGGCAGAGCGGGACAGAAGAAAACAAAAAAUAUUAAACCCCCUAAUAAAAGAACUGACAAAUAAAUUAAAAAGUAAUGCACAAGAUGGAAAUAUAAAAAUGGCACUCGAAUUUAAGAAAAAAAUCCUCAACAUUAGGAAUACACAUGGGAUAUCUUUAAUUCCCAAAUCGAUUAUCAUGAUGGCAUUUUUUCAAACCCCUUUAUUUUUUAUAUUUUAUUUUUCUAUGAAAAAAAUGGCAUCCUAUCCUGAAGUGUUUAAAGAAUUUACUUUUGAGUCUCCACUAUGGUUAGACAGUCUUUCUUUACCGGACCCGUACUACAUACUACCUCUGCUCUCCUCCCUCUUGCUAUUAUCAAACAAUGAAUUAACAGCAUUGAUUGACAAGGCACUAAGCAAUAGCAAGUCGAGUUCCCUCUCCGGAGAUGAUAGCGAAUUUCAAAAAAAAAUGAAACAAGUGACGAAGCUAGCCAUGAGACUAUUUUAUAUAUCAUCUUUAUUUUUUUUUAAAUCUAUGCCAUCGGGGUUGCUCAUUUAUUUGAUUACGAACACCGUUUUUCAAUUACUUACGACCCAAAUUUGUAAGAUAAAAGUGAUUGAGAGGUUUUUGGAUCUGCCUCCGUUAUAUUCCAGGGGGCUGUCCUUUCAAGGGGACGCGGGGGGGAAGAACCAAUCCGAUUCGAGGCGCAGAAAGGGCAUCCACAUGGACGACUUCGUAAAGGGUAAGUUCACUUGA